AUGUUUCAACAGCCUGAAGCCAACACAAAGCGGCCAACAAGUGCAAUCGUCCGUCACACCAAUGAAGCACUAACUUACAUGACCGGUCUGGGUCUCAACCCAAAGCAAUUUAUGAUUACAUUCUGGUCCUCUGAUAACAAAUCAAUUGCCUAUCGCCGUUGCCAGAUGAAGAAUGGUCAGGGUGGUGGUAAGACGAAAACUUUAUUGAAGCAUAUAGGCAUAAAUAUGAAGCAUUCAACCGAAGGUCAGGCCAACUGGGAGUCCUUCAUUUUGGAAGAAGCUAGUGCAAUUGUGAACUCCCAAGAGGUUGCCCGAGGCGUGUAUCCUGCUGGUGCAUAUGUCAGUUCCAAACAUAUCACCCCGGACUUUUUCAGUAAAUCAUCAGAAGACCAUCGUACCAUGCAAAUUAAAGAAGGCAUGCCCUUCCUGCAUGCUUUGAUAUCUCAAAAGAUAUCUGGGGGUAUUCAGAUCCCAGACCUUACUCAGUACAAUGAUGACAAUGUCAUCACUUCCAACGGAUUGAAUGCCACUUCGGCCCCACUAGACACACUGGAAGCUGAGGAUGAGGCCAAUGAAGACGCGGUGCUAUCAUUGGCAAAUUUGGUGCACAUAAAAUUGACCCCUACAGAGGUCACGGCCCACAAAGCCGCAAUGCUUCCAGUUGCUAUUUGUUCAAUGAUUGCAUUUGCAUGCAAUCGCCGCAGUAACGCUUCCGCACUACAAAAUGGCCUCAUGUUGAUGGCUGGAGCAAUGGAUUCCCUCCGCAUCUUGCAAGAAAAUCGGAUAAUGGAGGUAUUCAAAGUCAAUCGCAAAAUGAUGCCUUUAUUGUGUUUUGACAAUGUAGACAUACAAUUACGCAUCCACAAUACUCGUAUAGACACCUCAUCAAAAAUGUUCCACGGUACCUGGGGUUUCUACAUCGUGGUCCGUGCUUGUCUUUUGGCUAAGUGUGAAGCAGAAGCGGUCAAUCUGGCUGCAUUUUUGGCCGCAAUGAAGGCUGCCAACAAGAAGGCCGUCAAUAUUGAAACCUUCCGCCCAACUCCUUCAGAGUCAAAGCAUUUCAAGAAGGUCAUCAAGUGUCAGCUCGCCAAAGCUCUCAAAGAGCACAUUCAUCAUCUUCCAAAUGCACCUGAAGAAAAAAACCUACCAGCUCUAAUGUUACGGCCACCCCAAAUCGAUCGAAUAGAAUUUCAUACUCCCAAUAUUCAUUUCUUGCGCAUGAUGGAUGCUCCAGACUCUUCAGCUGAAGGGGUUUCCCGAGUCUUUGAUGCAAUCAUGUCACAAAUAGGCUUGUCUAAAGAAGAUUACGCAAAGAGCUUACUAGUGGCUGGAGGAGAUGUUGGAUCAAAUCAGUUGGUUGAAAGCCUUCGCGUAAAGCUAUAUGGGCGUUACACUGGGGGAAUUCCAAUGACAGCGAGGAUAGUGGGGCCUGGCGAUCGUCAUUUGAAUUGGGAGGUGAUUAUACCAAGCCGGUUGCAUCCCAAGACUUUAAUUCUAUUAUGA